AACAAUAAAAAUAUACUCUCUUAUAAUUGUAUUUAUUAAAAAUAAACAAUUAAAAAUCCAUAAAAACGACGUCGUGUUGGGAGAAGCAGUAGCCGCAAAACAUCCUAUGGAGUUGCUGUCUCUUAUUCCAAUAGGAUGACAUUACCCUCUGUUAUAUAUAUAAGGGAAGCACAAACCCAGAACCCUAGUUUCUCUUGCAACCCCCCUCCCCUCAGAUCCCGGAGGGCCACUAAUCUCUCAAAAUUGUGGUAGUCAUCGCAUCAAAAGGCAAUGGCUUCUAAGCAGCCAAAUUCUGGCCUUUUUGUUGGACUGAACAAGGGCCACAUUGUCACCAAGAGAGAAUUGCCUCCACGACCAUCUAGUAGAAAAGGGAAAACCAGUAAAAGAGUCCACUUUGUGAGGAACUUGAUUAGGGAAGUUGCUGGUUUUGCACCAUAUGAGAAGAGAAUCACUGAACUUCUUAAAGUUGGGAAAGACAAGCGUGCAUUAAAAGUUGCAAAGAGAAAGUUGGGCACCCAUAAGCGAGCAAAGAAGAAACGUGAGGAGAUGUCUAAUGCCCUCCGCAAGAUGAGAUCGGCUGGAGUCGGUGAGAAGAAGAAGUGAAGCACCUGUCCCUCAAUUGAGAAGCUGAGCUAGGGAAUUUUUAUUCAUCAUGUGUUAUGUUUUUCUCUGAGAAUGAAGUUUUGCUUAGAACUGUGUUUUGUUUUGAGGUCAAGAAGUGAAAUUGGAAACAAUUAGCCUUAUGUAUUUUGUAUUCCCCAUCCAUACAGAUGCAAUUUAUCCUUUUAGGCUUGGUGAAUCAUUUGGCAGUCUUUCUGUUGAAUGCGCUAAAUUGAUGGUCGAAAAUUUUAGUUGUUUCCAA